CCUAAAUCACACUAAUUAAUGAAGUUAAUUAAUACUUGCCUAUCUUGACUACUACUAUUAGUAACUAUACUAUUGACUAUAUACGUCAUACGUCAAGUCUAACAUAUGACUUAUUAAGACUUGAUCAUUGAUAAAGUUUUAUAUAAAAUAUAGGUAAGAACCUUUUAAUUAAUACUAGUCCAAACGGCAAAAAGGACGUCGUUCAAAUGCAAAGGUGGUGUAGAUUAAAACUAAUUUAUUUAGAAUUAUGAAUUACGGCUAGGUCUUAUUAAUUUUAACCAAGUGGCUGACCCGGGUCCCAGGAGUGAGAGGUUUGGAUUCAAAAAAUAUUUUAAAAUAUUAUUGUUGGGUUGUACAGUUGUAAGACAAAAUUUGGUAUCAAAUUUUCAAAUUCAGUUUAAUUAAAAUAAAUAUAAACUACCACAAACCCCCCAAUUGCCAAAUGGCAUCCGAAAUAGCAUUUUUAAAGCAGGGGUCGGGAACCUUUUUGUCUGAGAGAGCCAUGGACACCACAUAUUUUGAAAAGUAAUUCUGUGAGAGCCAUAAUAAUUAUCAUGACAACAUGUACGGGUACCAAUAAAAUUUAUUGUUUGUGUUUAGUUAGUCUCAUUCAUAAAUUCACUCCAAUCGGAUUUUCAAGACAUAAUACACUUAUUUUUCUUUCUUUGUAUAUAUUUUAUUUUAUUUAUGUAUCACUGUUUAAGUUUUCAUCAAAAUUAUGUGCAGUUUAAAAAAUUGAUUCUGCGUACUCUGCAUAGCAUUAAAAAAUUAAUAGUAAAUAGUGAUUCCUAGAAAUUAAAUUGAUUAAUUUGUGUUAUAGUUGCACAAUAUACCCAAUGAAAUUGUUUAAUUGUACAUAAAAAAUAUCGAUGCCUUUACUUUAUAAGUUAAUGAGUCCUCAUUAAUGUAAAUAACACUCAGUAGACAUUUCUCCCAACAACAGAAAAUCAAAGCCGGGUGGUUUUGGUUUAUGUGACCAUGUUCCUAAACCAUGUUUGGCCUAAGCUUAUUUUAUCAUUGUUAAGUAAUCACAUUAUUAUACAGUUUCAUUUAAUUAAAGUAACAAUAAUAAUAAUUAGCACACACAAAAUGUUUACUGUGGAUUUUAUUUUUACUGCACAUCUUAAUUUAGCCUUGGCGCCCUUGGCAAAGAAGACGCUGGGUAACAUUUUUUUCAGACUAUGAUCCCCUUCCCUCCAGUAUCAUACAUUCAUACAUCUUUCUAAGAUCUAUAUUAGGUCUAUAUUAUAAAUUAUAUAGCAAUAUCUGAGCAUGGGGAAGGCUACAGCAGAUAGUGUUAAAACUUUAAAACAGUACUGUAGAUUUUAUAAUUAGUGCCGAGGUGUUGUCACUAGUACAAACUAGUAAUAAAUGAACGAGGCAAUACUUCGCCAGCCUCAUUGGAAGCAGAUUUUUAAAGCUAAGAAUUUGGUUUGAUUUGAUUGGCUGAACUACCAAUAGCUCUCUAGAGGCUAUUGGUAGUUUACUACAAAUAGCUCCCUGCCCCAACUAGAGGCUAUUGGUAGUAAACUACCAAUAGACACUUUCUUUUAUAAACCCAAACUCUCACUUUUGAUACCUGGGUCUGAAUAGUCGCAGCCUAAUUUUAAUAUAGUAUAGUCUUAAUAAACAUAUUAUUAUUAAACAAAUGUGAUAGUAGAGCGAUGAAUAGAUAUUAAAAUUAAAGCUAAUUUAGUACCCAUAAAAUCAGAGAUAUUUUUCAAUUGUCAAUACUAAAAAUGAUGUGCCACAUUUUUUAUGUGGACCUUACCGUCAUCGUCUGAAUUUUACAUUUGAGAUUUAUUUUCACUCAUCUUUUCUGUUGGUCUCCAAAAAAGUGUAGAAAUAGAAUAAUGCCAACCCAAAUUCAGGUAUUUAUAAAAUGCAUCCGUGCUCUUUUUUUGAAUUUAUCAAAUAUUUUCUGGAGAGAGGCAUAUUUCUGCGCCCCCCCUUAGUACAUAAUAAUUUCAGCUAGUGGAUUUAUAUAAGACAUAACUUCUUAAAUAAAUUAAAAUUUAAAUCGUUAACAAAAUAGGCCAUGGUAAUCUGAUUCGUUCUUUAAUGUUUUUUUUUUUUUUUUUUAGAUUACAUUUUUUUAUCUGUUAAAAUGCCACUUUUUUUAUUGUGUGUUUUAACUUCUUAAAUAAAUUAAAAUUUAAAUCGUUAACAAAAUAGGCCAUGGUAAUCUGAUUCGUUCUUUAAUGUUUUUUUUUUUUUUUUCAGAUUACAUAUUUGUAUCUGUUAAAAUGCCACUUGUUGUAUUGUGUGGUUUCCCUGCUAGUGGAAAAACAUUUCGAUGCAGACAGCUCUUCGAGUAUCUCAGUUUGGAAUACCCAUCUAAGAAAGUUCAUGUAAUAACUGACCAUACAGAAGGACUAAAUAGGCAGGAAGUUUAUUCAAAUUCACUCAAAGAACGUGAGCUUCGGGGAAAUCUCAAAUCAUCUGUUCAAAGGCUUUUAGGGAAAGAUGAUGUUGUCAUUUUAGAUGCCUUAAAUUACAUUAAAGGAUUUCGAUACGAAUUGUUUUGUGUGGCAAAAGCUUGCAGGACUCCUCAAUGUGUCAUUUAUUGUGUUACAGAUGCAGAAACAUCAAAAGCUUGGAAUAAUUUAAAAGAUGAAACUGAUCGUUACUCAAGUGAACUCAUUGAUGAAUUGAUUAUGAGAUUUGAAUGCCCAUCACCUUUGAACAGAUGGGAUAAACCAUUAUUCACUGUAAUUAAAGAUGGAUGCCUCAAUAUGAAUGAAAUAUGUUGUGCUCUCUUUACACAAAAAGCAGCACCACCAAAUCAGUCAACACAGACUCAGCCAUUGUCAUCCACUAAUUUCUUGUAUGAGGUGGAUAAAAUCACCCAAGACAUUGUUACAUUAUUGGUUGCUGCUCAGAAAUCUCUUGUUCCAGGGAGUGCUAUUAAAAUCCCUGAUGUUAAAGAAGAAUUUGUUUUUAUAAGGCAUGUUAGCAUAGCAGAGCUUCAGAGACACAGGCGUCAAUUUAUAACUUACACAAAAAUGCAUCCUGUUGAAGACUCCACCAAACUAUCAAAUAUGUUUGUACAAUAUUUAAAUAAAUCAUUGAUGAAUUAGCACUAUUAGCAG